CCGAUCCUAAACAACUUCCAAACACAGAAGAUUAUAUUUAUAGCAGUUUGAUCAACUAUCUUUUUCUCUCUAUAUUUAUAGCACACAGCUAGCAAAUGCAUGCAAUGUGGUCGGUUCCAAAAGGGUUUACCAUUCUCCUGCCAUUCAUGCUUGUAUGUGGCUUUCUAGCUACCGUCCAAGCGUCUGUUGUCCAUCGCCACAAAUUCAUUGUUGAAGAAGCUGCCUACACGAGGCUAUGCCGCAGCAAGAAGAUCCUAACAGUGAACGGGCAAUUCCCAGGGCCGGUUCUCUACGCCAAUAAAGGCGACACCGUCAUAGUGGACGUUUACAAUAAGGGAACGCAAAACAUAACGAUUCACUGGCAUGGCGUGAAACAGCCGAGGAAUCCAUGGUUCGAUGGUCCCGAGUUCAUAACCCAGUGCCCCAUCCGACCUGGAACUAAGUUUAGCCAGACAAUAGUGCUCUCGGAUGAGGAAGGCACCAUCUGGUGGCACGCCCACAGCGACUGGUCUCGUGCCACCGUCCACGGCGCCUUCAUUGUUUAUCCCGCCGCCCGCGGCACCCAAUAUCCUUUCCCUAUGCCCUCUGCUGAAGUGCCCAUCGUGUUAGCAGAGUGGUGGAAGAGUGACAUCCAACAAGUUUUCAACCACUUUCUAUCUAGUGGGGGAGACCCUAACGUCUCGGACGCUUUUCUCAUCAAUGGCCAACCCGGAGAUCUUCAUGCAUGCUCCAUGAAAGAUACAUUCAAGUUAACAGUGGAUCAGGGAAAAACGUAUUUGCUUCGCAUGGUGAACGCAGUGAUGAACACAAUGAUGUUCUUCUCCAUAGCAAAUCACCAAAUUACAGUGGUGGGAACAGAUGGGUCCUACACAAAGCCAUUCAAGAGUGAUUAUAUUACCAUAUCCCCCGGUCAAACCAUUGACUUCUUGCUUGAAGCCAAUCAGGCCCAGAACCACUACUACAUGGCUACUAAAGCCUAUAGUAGUGCUCCUAGGGCCGCGUUUGAUAACACAAUCACCACAGCGGUCGUUCAAUAUAGUGGAAAUUAUACCCCGUCUUCGUCGCCACUCAUGCCCGUUCUCCCGGCAUUCAAUGACACCAAUUCAUCAGUAGCUUUCACCGGAAAGCUCCGAAGCUUAGCUGAUAAAGAUCAUCCCAUAAAUGUCCCACUCAACGUGACAACUAAUUAUUUGUACACCGUUUCGGUCAAUUUGAAUCCAUGCCCUGAUAAUAACACAGCUCGGUGUGCUGCACCUAAUCUUAACAGGUUCGGGGCAAGUGUGAACAACAUAAGCUUCGUUCUACCCAAAAUAGACAUCCUUCAAGCUUACUACAAACACAUCAAGGGAGUUUAUGGUACAGAAUUCCCUUCUUUUCCACCGCUCAGUUUUGACUUCACGAAUCAAACUCUUCCUGUUCGACUUCAGCGAUCUGACCGAGGAACAGAAGUGAAAGUGCUUGAAUAUGGCACAGUUGUGGAGCUUGUUUUCCAAGGAACAAAUUUGUUGUCUGGGAUUGAUCAUCCAAUGCAUUUGCAUGGAUACAGUUUUUACGUUGUUGGUUGGGGUUUCGGUAAUUUCAACAAGAGCAAAGACCCCCAGAACUAUAAUCUCGUGGAUCCACCUCUUGUGAACACAAUUGCUGUUCCUAGGAAUGGUUGGACUGCCAUUCGGUUCUUAGCUAAUAAUCCUGGAGUGUGGUUUAUGCAUUGUCAUUUUGAACGACAUACAAGUUGGGGAAUGGAAAUGGCCUUUAUAGUGAAAGAUGGAAAGCAGCCUAGUGAAAAAAUGCUGCCAUCUCCCUCAAAUAUGCCUAAAUGUUGAAGACAUAUGGAGUAAUUUAAUAACAAUUGACAAUAUUAUUAAUUUAUUUCACUCAUAUUUCUUUAUUUCUCCAUUUUUGUUUAUUUAUUUGUAUUGUUUGCAUAAAUAAAACCUAAUCAGUGUAAUCAUAUUGUAAUGUAAGGUUCUUCUCGUGUUACUGAUGUUAAUUAUAUU